AUGGCUCAUUUCAACCUCCUCGCUUUGGCACUGGCUGCUGUCUCCGCCAUCUCAGCACACCCAACAAACGCACCCCGGGCAAAGAAAUUUGGCUGCGGCGUCGAGCCCACCGCCCAGUUCCUCGCCCAAGCCCAGGUGAUCGCCGCCGAAGAAGCAGCAAACAGCACCCGCGCUGCCCAACAGAGGUCUACGAACGUAGCCGCCACCGUGACGAUUCAGACCUACUUCCACGUUGUCGCGCGCUCAUCCGCUGCCUCGGAGGGCUACAUCCCCGUCGAGCAGCUGACGCAACAGCUGGCCGUCAUGAACGCCGACUACGCCUCCUCGGGCUUCCAGUUCGCCCUCGCGGGUACCGAUUACACGAUAAACAAGUCGUGGGCAUCCGACGGCGCUGAGCUCACCAUGAAGAGGGCCCUGCGCAAGGGCGACUACAAGGCCCUGAACAUCUACUUCCAGUACGAAAUCGGCGGCAACUUCGGGUAUUGUUACUUCCCGAACAGGGUUUCCAGGGGCUCCAGCAACUUCUACUACGACGGCUGCACCGUCCUAUAUUCGACUGUGCCGGGUGGCAGCGCGACAGACUACAACCUCGGCAAGACGGUGACACACGAGGUGGGCCACUGGUUCGGCCUCUUCCACACCUUCCAGGGCAACUCGUGCUCCGGCUCCGGUGACUCCAUCGCAGAUACCCCACAGCAAUUGAGCUCGACCACCGGCUGCCCUGUUGGCCGCGACUCUUGCCCCAACGCGGCUGGCGUUGACCCGAUCCAUAACUACAUGGACUACUCAUCCGACUCAUGCUACGAGUCCUUCACCGCCAACCAAAUCACCCGCAUGUCGACUUACUACAACAUGUACCGCGCAUAG